AUGUCGUUCAUCGAGGUCCCGGAGAACUCCGAUUUUACUAUUCAUAAUCUACCUUAUGGAGUGUUCUCAACAAAAAAUUCUGUAAGUUCUGUAGCGGUACCCAUUUUGCCGGGUGAUGACUUCUCAGGACUUGGUAGUAUUGUCGAAUAUAAUAUUGGUCUAGGCAUUUUAUUUCUAUCAGCCUGUCGGGAAAAUUAUGAGGGCUUUGUCGCAUCGCACCGCCGCACGUCAAACUGAGGAGUCGGAAUAGACUCCUCGCUAUCGGUUUUUACACUUCGUCUAUUUCGCAGAGAAAGAGAGAAAAAAGACACGCAAGAACGUACUCUCUCGCCCCAAAAAUUCCCCAUUUCUUCCCCGACAAAACGUUUUUUCGCGUCUUUUUUUGGCAAAUUGCCAAUCCAUUCACCGGACUGUUUUAGCUUAUCUCAGUUUGACGUGCGCCGUGGAGAAAAUGAAUUGUGUCGCGGCAAAGUCAAACUGCGUUCCACUUCAGCGAUACGAUCGGAGCAGCGACAUUGUGCUCAUUAUUUUCCCGACAGACUGAUAAUCAAGAAAACGCGCGCUUUGCACACAGUCUACGAUUUUCAUUUGCAGCAGCAAAGACGAAUUGGAGUUGCAAUCGGCCAACAAAUCUUGGAUCUCUCUGCGAUCAAGCAUCUUUUUACAAGUCCCCAACUCCAAGGCCGUCAAGAUGUUUUUUCUCAAGUAAUAUAUUCUUGUUUUAACUAUUAUACAUACAUAUUUACUGCGUUUCCACCGAAUCUUAGACAACUCUCAACGCCUUUAUGGCCCUGCCCAGAGCUGCCUGGCUUGAAGCAAGGACUACUUUGCAAAAACUGCUGUCCAAGGAUUGCGAAACCCUCCAAAACGAUAAAGACUUGAGAGGAAAGGCGUUUGUCAACCAAGCCGAUGCUCAGCUGCAUUUACCGGUCCAGGUUGGAGAUUACACCGACUUUUACUCGUCAAUUUAUCAUGCUACAAAUGGGACCAAAAUGUUUUUGGGGGUCGAUGAGCUUGGAGGGAAUUGGUAGGUUAUAUAGUAAAUAAAAUGCUAGUAAAAUACGUUGACUAAUAACCCUUUUUUAAAAUUCUGUCGGGAAAAUAAUGUGGAUCCGCCUCGGAAUCGUCAAAUCAUCGCUUCGCGGCGGCUAGCUUCGGCCGGGGAUUUGGUGAGCGACUUCGAAGAGACGCGGCGUUUUUUUUUGAGACGAAUCCACAUUAUUUUCCCGACAGCGUGAUAUCUGAAAUUGGGGAUUUGAAAAUCAGUCCGUCGGGAAAAUAACGUGGAUUCUUAGCGCCUCCCAAUUGCCUGUUAUCCUUUGCGACGGCAAGCCGCGGCUGGAGAAUGCCGACUGCUUUUGGUACGGCAUCUACAUCGACCAUUUUAGCAAUCUGACACUGUCCUUUUUCUUCCCAAGACAGGUUUAAUCCAAGACAGGUUAUUUAAAAUCGGGGUCCCUCUGUCUGACGGUCAAAACAAAGAUGGUAAUCAAUUGAUAUGGGCAUGAAAAUCAAAAGACUAGGACAGAAAAACACAGAGAAUUUAAUGGUAUGAAAAAUAUUUUCCCACACCUAAAAGUUUUCGCGGCAGGACCCAUGAAAAGAGUUGCAUUUAUUAUUUGUCACCCUCUAUUAUUUUCCCGACAGAUUGAUAAUUCAACAUGUCGCAUUUUAGUUGCCGUAAACAAUCUAGAACUUACGGUUAAAUUUUUACAGGAAGCAUUUGCCAACAGCCUACAACGGAAGGGCUUCCAGCAUCGUUGCGUCGGGAACUAAUAUUCGCCGGCCAAGAGGACAGUACAAAGAAAACAAAGGUAGGUUUUUCUCCACGUAUCCAUCAACUUGUUCAGAUCUCCCACCAACCUUUGGGCCCACCAAACAGCUCGACUACGAGCUUGAGAUGGCAUUUCUGGUCGGCGGUCCACCAACCCAAUUUGGUGAACCGAUAGCUGUCGAAAACGCGGAGGAUCAUAUUUUUGGAAUGGUCAUUCUGAACGACUGGAGCUCCAGAGAUGUUCAGAAAUGGGAAAUGACUCCGUUGGGCCCAUUUUUGGGCAAAUCGUUUGGAACUUCGAUCAGCCCAUGGGUUGUAACUAUGGAAGCGCUGAAGCCAUUUGUCGUCGACAAUCCAAAGCAGGAUCCAGAGCCACUGCCUUAUCUAAGACAUUGCGAUCCAUAUAGCUUUGAUAUCAACGUUGAGGUAGGAAGAUAUCAUAUCGUAUGUAAAAAAUUACAUAUGUCAUCAUCAUUAUAACAGCCAAAUUUAUUUGAUUUUUCUUGACCCGGGGAUUACAAUGGCUAGCAUUUUUGAGUUAAGAACUCUGUCAAGUUCCAGAUACUUGAAAUUUAAAAAAAAAUCGCACCCUGACUUUUCCUGUAUGCUGCGACAGCUAAAAAUCGCUCCCAAAUUUUUAACGCCCCAAACAUGAGCUUGAACUUGAACGUUUGGCCUUUUUGGAACACUGUUCCUGAUAACACAUUCAUAUUUGUAUUUUCUAGGCGUCAAUCAAGCCUAACGGCUCCGAUGUUUUCUAUCCUGUCUCAAAGACCUCAUUCCGUCAUCAUUAUUGGACGAUGAAACAACAGUUGGCACAUCACACUGUAAAUGGUUGUAAUGUGAAUCCGGGAGACCUGAUGGGCUCGGGAACUGUUUCUGGCCCCACGGACGGUGAACUCGGCUGCAUGCUGGAGCUGAAUUGGAACUGCUCCAGAUGGGUUCGGCUGGGAGAUCAGAAGAGGCAUUAUUUGGAGGAUGGCGAUGAGGUUGUUAUGAGAGGUAAGGUUUAAAAGUGGUUUGGCGCAUGUAGAAAAUAACCCUUGUUAGAUUGUCGGGAAAAUAGUGAGCGCAAUGUCGCUGCGCCAAUCGCGUCGCUGAAGUGAAAAGCAAUUUGAUUUUUCCGCGACACAAUUCAUUUUCUCGACGGCGAUGUAAUUUUUGCUGCGAGAGAGUGCUUAUUAAUUUUCCGACAGGACCAAUCCCUGAAAGCUGAGGAAAACCUAGCUGGCGAGAAACAGUUUGUGCUUAAAAUUAUUUCGCUUUUGCCCGGAAAAUUUUAUUUUUAUGGCAGCUUUGGCGAUGCAAUUUCCGAUGCGACAGAGCGAUCCCUAUUUUACCGACAAAGUUAUAAUAGAAGGCUAAUAGGGCUGUUUUAAAUAUCUGUCUGUCGGGAAAAUAAUCGGGACUUGUUGCGCCUUGGAAUCGCCCAUCAUCGCUUAGUGACGGCUAGCCGCAGCUGGAGAUUUGUCGCGUGAUAGCACCCUUUUUUCGACGAGGCGAAGCAUUCUUUGCGCCGUUCUGCCACUAUCAGUCUGUCGGGAAAAUAACGGCGGAUCGUCGCGCUUCGGAAUCGUCCAUCAUCGCUUUGCGCGGCCGCAGCUGAAGAUUUGGUGCGCGACAGCGGUGAGACGAAACAUUUUGAUGCGACGACUCGCCGUUAUUUUCCCGACAGACUGAUAUUUUCCCGACAAACUGAUAGUCCGUUUGCAAAGUCGUUUGAGUGGCUUCUACGACAUGCACCGUACAGAAAAAGUCAGGGUACAAGCGACAGCAAAAAAAACCUACUGCACGGUGCAAAAAGGACAAAGCUGCACAGUGCAAGGAAAACGCGAAAAAAACUUGUCGCACGGCGUUGAAUAAAGCUUACGGUGCACGCAGACCACAGUGCGAACUUAGAUGUUUUUAAAGGGCAAUUAAGAUCAUUUAAAGGGCAAUUAAGUGCACUUUUUAUUCGCUUUAUGCUGAUAGUUUGUCGCACAAAGCUGCCUCGCGAUUCCGACUGCAUCGUGCGAAAACGGCCGAGACUUUUUGGUCCUCCUCGUACCGUAGCUUCUUCGGCAAUAACAAACCCGGGUUUUUGUGGGGCCCAUUUAUUGACGUCACAACCCACGGAAGACGUAAACAGCCGCCACAACGAACCCGCAAUUUCCGUCAACACUGACGUGAAAUAACUCUAUUUCGUACUGCAAAAAAGUUCGUUUACUGCAAAAAAGUUUGAAGAUUUGGUGAAAAGACGCAAAAAUUUGCGGACAAACUUAACGUUUUGUUACACCCAUGAUUACAGCCAUUACGCAUAGCUUCAAGUUGCUAGCUUUUUAUUAUGCCGUUAUAAAAUUUUGAUGUGGUCAUGGGUUUGUAGAGUGUAAUGUAAAGGACGUCCAUUUUGAUUUAUACAGGGUGUCCCAAAAAAAAUGCAUGUUGUUUUUAUGGCUACAUUUUAUAUACCAAACAAAAUUUAGCCAAACUAACGAUGGAUAUCAGUAACAUAGAGGAUUAUUGAUAACAUAUCAAGCCAGUUUUACAGUGGCUGCCCUUGGUGGCGAUAUAGAGCUUCAAACGUAACUUAAAAUUUUGGGCUCGGGGCCGCAGCCUUUUUCGAGGAAAUCGGUCCCGUUCUUGGCGCAACGAUUACUUUGCCAUUCCAAACUUUUGUGGUGUGAAGUACAGGCAAUGGCCUCCAAUUGAAAAAAAAAUAUAGUCAAUCGGAUUCAGAUCCGGCGAGCAGACGGCCAUUUUGCGGACGGGGUGAAAUCGGGAAAAUCGUUCCCAUUUCGGGUCCUGAGUCGAUUUUGCCUUGUGAGCCGGAGCUGAGUCUAGCAAGAACGCCAAAUUUGCAUUGCCGAGGUUCUGCUAGGUCAACAGAAGUAUGGGAAAAUCAAGAUUAACGCGGCGCUAAAAUUUUGCCCCCUUGAUCCGAGAAAACCAUGGAAUUCUUGCCGCUGGGAGAAAUUCCGCCUUAGGCGAUGACGGCCCGGAUUUUGACGGUUUUCGACGUUAGCCGACAUGCCGAGGGCCUCAUCUAAGAAGAUCCAAUUGCUCUGGUGAUUGUGCAUCCGCCAAAUGUUGAACCACGAACGAAUGCGCUCACGUCUGUGAGUUGCGGCCCAGCCCUUGAGUUUUCGACAUUUUUCGCGCCGCACGCACUUGCCGUCUACUUUAAAGAUCUGAGCUUUUUACACCUUAUACAGCGUGAGGCGUAGCUCAUCAUAGACUAUUUGGGUGACCGAUCGGUCGCUGAUGCUGAUCUCACAGGCAAAUUUUUCUUGAAAAUAGCGCUUUGCUGUUGGUGAUCUCCCGGUUGACAGAACCGCUGGCGGUGCAUUUUCUUUUACGUCCUGGACGCUUACUAUCGUUAUCAAGCUCCUUACAUCGCGUGAUUACUUUUGACACAACGUCCUUUCUAUACUGGGCAAAUUUACAACUUGAACGGCUCAAAAAUAGUGACAAAAUCGCAGUUCCUUUGUUUGACAUUUUAAAAAACCAUGCCACUUAAUCGAUAUGAACACAAAACUGAAAUGACUAGGGCAGAAAAACACGGAGAUUUUAGCAGUACAAAAAUCUUUUGGCCUGACCUAAACAUUUUCGCGUCAGGACCCAUGGAAAAAAACAUGCAUUUUUUUUGGGACACCCUGUAAUGAACCUGAAGCCUUUCUAAAACCAAAAAUAAUUCUAGAGUUGAGUUACUUUUGCGCAAAAAAUCUUUUGUGGUCUUUUUACAGAGUUUUGGCGGCACUUUCCAUUAUCAGUCUGGUGGGAAAAUAAUGUGGAUUGACCGGAACAAAAUGUCAGGUAUUGCCGCGGUCCCGCAUCAAAUCCCCGGACGCGGCUAGCCGUAGCAGAAGAAACUAGGACGAUUGGGGAAACCAAAAAGUAUUAUUAUUUUUCUUCGAUGAAAAUGUCGGAAUUAGGGCAAUCGAUGGUGCUGAUUUCGAAAGUCAUGUUAACUUUUGCUCAAGUACUACAUAGUACUAUCUGAUACUAUGUAGUACGAGGUGAAAAUAUGGCGUUUGACGUUAAUGGUGUUUUUUUGAUGUUUAGUACUCUUCAAAAACACGUUUUAAAAUCUUGGUACUAUUUAGUACUACCUGAUACUAUGUAGUACGAGGUAUACUUUUUGGCUUCUCAAUCGUACUUUUUCCAAUUGCCUUUUUCCCCAAUCGUCCCUUUCCCCAAUCAUCUUUUUCCCCAAUCGUCCAGCUCCGGUAGCAAAGCGAUGAUGCGAGAUUCCAAGGCGCGAGCAAUCCACAUUAUUUUCCCGACAGAGCCAGCAUAAUACAGCAAAAACGUAGGCGGGCCAAAAAGCCAGGCUUGACCUGUUUUUGUAUUGUGCGAGCGUAUGCAUUCGGCGUUGCGACGAGGAGUUGCGCGAAAAAAACGCGGGGUGCUAAAAACGAGCGCACUAUGGUUUGAUUGCUCUUUUCAAGACGACUUUUUUUUCACUGUGCGGGGACGCAUUGCACCGUAAAUUUUUCUUGUCGCCGCGCGACAAAUUUCAUGCACGGCGGCGCUCUGUGCAGACAUGUCAAGUCUUACUGGCCCACCUAGUACCAUUAUACACUUUCUUAAAGAUGCACCUUUGAAAAAGCACGCUUAAUUAAGCGUAGUACGCACAUUUCAAUAGAAAUUUCAAUAAAAGAUUUUUUCAGCCCACUGCGAGAAGAACGGUGUCCACGUUGGCUUUGGCGAAUGCCGCGGCAAAGUCCUCCCGGCAUUACCGUAG